AGACAUUCAAUAACGGCCAAGAAGUGUAUGGCUGGGUUUGGAUAGAUUGGCUUGAGUCUAAACUAAACAGUACAAGGCCCAGUGUAGUAGGGCCAAUGUUCUUUACUAAACACUAUUGUUCUUUGCAGACAUUCAACAAUGGACAAGAAGUGUAUGGCUGGGGUUGGAUAGAUUGGCUUGAGUCUAAACUAAACACUACAAGUGCAAGUCCAGUUGAUUGCUUAUGUGAACUUGGAGGGAUACAAGACAUCUGCUGUGCUGAACGAUCCAUGUUGAUUCUAACGAAGUCCAACAAAGUUUUUACGCUGCCAUAUGGUACAGAGAGAGCU